GCCUGCACAGAUGAUUUCAAAUUUUUAAGAAAAUAUUAGAUUUUUCUUUUAACAAUGCCAUGUAUUUAUAAAUAAUAUCCUUUAUCAGACUAUGGAGGGGCAUCCUAACCCUAUUCAGUAUCUCCAAGAUACAUUGAAUGUGGGACUGAAGCAAAUAUUCACAGGAAAAGCUGCUCAUUUGUCGGGAAAGUUUGCGCUCAUUGUCAAAAGAAAGCCUAAUAAUCUGGGCGAUAUUCACUUCCCUGCCUUUGGACGAAGAAUCAAAAGCUUAGAGGAGCUCUACAAAGACACUAAGGUUGACGUUUCAAAAGAUUUGGAAAAGAUUCUAAAUACCUCUACUAUCUUAAUAUACGUAAAAGACUUCAACUUUUCACCAAGUACUGGGCAACUGAACUUCAAGUUAGAUAGAAUUAGAAUAACAAAAGAUGUUAUAAAUGAUGUAUUACGAAGUGGACUUGAGUAUGGUAAACAGUCAUCAAGUAAGGAGAUACUGGACGAAGAGCUUGAAUUGUGUGAUGAGAAAACCAAUACGUUUGUACUUAGUAAUGAUAGUACAAUAGAUAGUGGAGAAAUCAGUCUAGAAUAUCUGAGGACUGUCAUUACUCUUGAUCACGUGAAGAGGCUUUUAUCAGCCAAUGGUUUGCAAACACAGACAAUGAACUCAGAUAAAAACCUGGCAUCAUUUCCAGACUCAAAAGUCAUUUCUGGCUUUCUAUUACAAUUUGAUGAAUCAUUCUCAAAAGCAGUGAAUGUGCCUGAAAGUGAGGAUGACAGUUACCAAAAAACACUCAUGGAUGUAGAGAAAAUGUUAGCAGAAUCGGAUAAGGUAUCAAGAAUUCAUAAAAGCAUAUUUACAAAUGCAAAAGGAACAGAGGCAAAUUGUGUAGAAUCCUUAGGUAAAGAUGAAACUGAAGUCAAAACUGAAAGUGAAGGCUGUUAUCUGGAUUGUGAAGAAUUAUCCAAGAAGUAUGGACAACAAAAAGUUACUAUUAACAAGACAGUCAUACAAAAUAUUUCAAGCUUAGAAUUUAAUGCAAAGAAUCUUCAAAUGAAGCCAAGUGAUUCAUGUCGACUGCUACACGUCACAAGUUGUAACCUAUUACACAGAUGUAAACAGAACUGCAUGGCAUGGGAAGCAGUGUCCAGUGUUCCUUUUGCAAGGAAUCAGGCAUUCAUGUCACUAGGCGUAAUUUCUGUCUGGAAUAAUGGGGAAAAAAUAGAGAAAAUUGGAAGCCAAGAACUUUUGAGGUUACGCCAAGAACAGCUGCGAUCAGCUUAUUUAUUAAAGUAUGGAGAUAUUGUUCAAGGACCAGGAUGGGAGCAAUCAAUCACUGCAAUGGCCGUUGUUACCAUUAAACUACAGAUCAUGGCUGCUGCCCAAAAUAAUCAGAUAAAGUUGGACGUAUCAGACAGCGCGCAGGAGUUCCGGCAAGCCACUUUUGUCAUGUAUAACUGUGCAAGAUUAUCCAAGCUGUUUGAGCACUAUGAGCAGAGUGUAACAAAAGGACUCUAUCCUCCUCUGCCACCAAUCGAGCAAAUAGACUUCAGUCUGCUUCGAGAUGACGAAGAAUGGGGUCUGUUGUUGCGCUAUGUUAUGACAUUUCCCUCGACAGUACGCGAGUCAAUCCAGGGACUGCUAGCAAAGCCCCAGAGUGGUGGAGUCAUGACUACAAAUAUCAACAAGAUUUCUUGCUUCCUGCAGGGAUUGAGCUACGAUUUUAGUUCUUACUACAGACGCGUUCACGUUCUAGGGGAGCCACGACCUCACCUUUUCCCUACCAUGUUCGCAAGGCUUUAUCUCUUGAAAGCAAUACAACAGGUGUUUCACAAUGGUUUGGCUCUACUCGACAUUCUACCGCUUACUCAGAUGUGAAUAAUAAUUCCACAACUUCUGUGAUUCCAGUACAGACUUGGUUAGUACGAGGGAUGGGAAUACCUGUGGUUGGCUCGCACAACGGAAAGAUAGUUAUGACACGAUAACCAUAUUAUAUCAGUGCACGCAUGGUGCGAUGUGUGUGCUGGCUAUCCAUUUUGUACUGCAUAUGCUACGGCGUGCGUGCAUUGUGUAAGGUGUUAAAGUUGCAACACUACUGUGUAACGCUGCACAUCAUACUGAAUCACGUUGCAUAUCAUACUGCGUCACGUCAUUUGAUAUCUUGUUCAGCAUGCGUUACACAAAUGUUAUGUUUAUCGCACUGCACAUAUACCUGCGCACCUCUUGCAAUGUAAGCAGCUUUACAAAUGUCACAAUACAUCGUCACACUGUCACAUAUCACGCUGUGUGAUCUUGUGCGGAGUGAACUAUUUACAAAUGUCACGCUGCGCAUUUUGUGCAUUGUGCGUGGCGUUACAAAUGUCACACCAUAUGUCAAACACCAACAUAUAUUAUACAACAUGUCAUCUUGCGUGUGCUAUUCCAGAAAACAUUUUCUGAUUGAAUGAAGAGUUUGAAAAAAAAUGAUAAUGGUUUCGCGAGUAAAACUUUCUUAUUCUUUCGAUAUUUGUUGAAGAAAAUUGAAAUUCUGAUAACGUAGAAUAAAGGUAUUAAGAUUAGGUUUGUUUUAGCUUUUAAAAGGCCUAAAGGGUCCAAGCAUGGUAUUUGUCCAGGAGAUUAGCAUACAGAACGCUAUGCAUGCCCAAACAUGUUUGAUACUGUAACAUAAUACUGUAACACAUCACUACAGUACAGGAUGUACUGUACUUGAUGUUAUUGGGUUAUCAAGCCAGUUCAAGCAUAUCAUCAUC